CGCCCACAGAGAAUUGUGGGCAAGAGGAAGUCGCCAUGUUGGGUGUUUGAGCGAGGGUGGAAGUGAAUCAAUGUGUGGUAAUUUCUGAAUUUACUAAUUUUACGACCAUCUUAGCAUCAACCGGAGGUGGAGUGAAACACGCUGGGAUCUCGGAUUUUUAUAGACGGUGUUGGUUGACCUGGUAAUCAACCAUGCCGCUCAUAAAGCGGCCCGUGCAUCCGAUCGAACUAAGUCGCGGACAGCUAGCGGGCGGGCUGAAGAAUGAACUCGAAGCUGUCUCUGUGAACACUUUAUGCGGGAUAAUGCGGCAGCUUAGCAGCAUUUCUAAGCAUGCUGAGGAUCUCUUUGGAGAGUUGUGUGCCGAGACAAACAGUAUUUUUCAGAGAACGAACUCUCUUCAAGAAAGAAUUCAGAAUUUGUCGCAGAAGGUGACUCAACUAGAUUCAAAUGUUGAAGAACGUAAGUGACCAUUUAAGCUUAUAGUAUAUACUUUGGAAACUAUGCAUUCCUGAGCGAAAUUUGUUGAAUUUUUGCAGCCUGUUUAGACAGAUUGAUGUGCUGUUAUCGAAUACAUCGGGUUGUUAAACUUAAAAUUCUUUGUUAGACGGAAACAUUGAACUUAAAUGCUGUGAUUUAAUUUCUCUUUAUAUUCGUGUUUCAAAUGAAAACAAAGUAGUGAUAGUUUAUUAUUGCUUUCACGAAGAAGUUUAAAAUUUUCUCCCACAGUCAAAAAUUUUAGAUCAAAAUCUCUGCUGCAGUAGAAGCUUCAUUUAUUGGUGUGUGUGUUUGUUUUGCCGGUUUUUUUUUUUCAGAAAAUGCGUUAGUUACUACAAUUUACAGUUCAAUAAUCAUUGCCUGUUGUUUUUAUAAUUAACGAAGGACUUCUUAGUGAGCUACUUGUAGACGAGACCGUUUGUUUGAGAUAUUGCGCGUGAUUCUGUGUAUCCUUUGAGUAAGGCUUUCAUCCUUGUGCAUUCAGUCAAACUGAAAAGCCUGCAAUCUCUAAGAUUAGUUAAAAUCCUAGAGGGCUUGUUAGUGGCUUGUUAUGGUAACGUUACAGUGCCAGUUGAUGAUAAAAAAUAUUUUGUUGUAAAUCGCACUGUGUUAAAUUGAGGAGGAAAUGGUUGAUAACACAAUGCCUCUGUAAAAUUGUGCCUUCAAACUAUGAAUACUGAAAUUUCAGGGUAAUCAGUUAUACUGUAUUAUCCCUGGAAAAACUAAAUUAAUCCUGAUAUAAUCAGUAUAAGGUGAUUACAAAAGUGUUUUUAAAUUUAAUUAUGAAUCAUUGAAGAGUCAUUUGAAGUCUGUGACCCUUAUUGGAGGGCAAGAUCAUUCAUGUGAAACCUCUACUAUAACAGAAUCUCCUGUAAGCAACUGGCAAAAAUGCUAGAUUUUCUUCGAAAUGAUGCUCUCAAAAUGCAAGAUAGGGAUGUGUCAUUUAUAGUGCUGCACUGCUUUGACUAGGAAAAAUGUUUUUUGGUAUUUUUGAAAAGGGUUUGCUAGGGCUUCAAAAAUACAUUGUGACAUCAGAGAAUCGAGGUAUUUAUUCUCAUGAUACAUUACACACUUAAUGUCAGAUCCCGAGGGAAACAGGUAGUUUUGUUUGCCCGAGAGUCCUGAUGUUUCCUGAGUUGAAAAGAAUACUUCAACAAAAGAAUACACUCAAGCAGAGCAAAUCAAAACAGUGCACUCGGUACUUAAACACAAAUUUAAUUCUCAAAACCACUGAUUAAAUGAUUUACAAAGUACUUUCCUCAUAUUAUCAUCUUUUUCUUCUACUAGCUGCUGUUUCUCUUCUGGGAUAACUUUGAAAAUCGUUGCUUUUUAGCUUGAGGCUUCAUGUUGGUGUUGUUGUGUUCAUUCACGAAAAUGAAAACUGGCAGUGUUUUUCUCACCUUCUGUCACGCCACUUUCCACCAUGCUUUGAUCACAUGCUGUAAUGUAUCCUGAGUGGGGUACAUUACUUAAUGUAUCACGAUCGGGAAAACAUUUGAUUUUAGUCAAGGACACGUGACCAAGAAUCAGCCAAUUGCUGUCCCUGUUUCUAGGAAUAUAACAAAUAUUGAUAUUUGGAAAAGAUAUCAUGAUAAUAUUAUUACUAUACAAGAAAUUAGGCUAUACCGAUUAAUUUGCAAGAUUACUACCAUUGUUAUUUCUUUGCUAAACCUGUAGGCUCAAUUUCUGCCGCUCUCUAGGUCCUCCCCAAGAAGAGAUGGCUGGACACGUGAGUGGCCUGUCAUGUCUGCAAUGUAAAUUCAAAAUUUAAUUCAUGCAUCGUUACCAAACACCGGAAAUGGGAAAUGUCAUUAAAACAAAUGUUGUGCUUUGCCUUGUCAUCGCUUUGGUAUUUGCCAUAAAAAUCAGCAGAAACGCGUACUGAUUUACAUUGAUCUUGCAUUAGCGAAGUUUAGAGUGAAAUUACAACAGAAAUGGACUUGACAGUCAUCUCUUUCACGUUAGCUGACAUCAACCAUUGUUGCUGGAAAAUAAUAAUAAUUUAUUAAUGAUCCAGAUACGGUCGGUUGAAUUUCAAAAGCGUACUUACCAUUUGCCAAUAUCUCUAAGCUAACUCUCUUCUUUGUAAAUUUUUCAGGUUUUGAAGCUUACAACGCUCUAAAACACAAUUGCACGCCACAUCAAACAACACCUUUGCAUCUUGUACACUGUAUCUUUUAAAACAGAUUGUUUAAAAAUUAAAAAGCAGAAUUUCUAUUUGCCAUGGUUGACUUUUACUUACUGGUCACAUUUUUAAGUCCUGUCACUAACUUUUUGCAUGUAUUCACUCCUCAGUUUCAUUACAAGAUAUUAACAUGCGGAAAGCAUUCAAGAGCACCAUAGUAACAGAUCAACAGGUAUUAGCAAGCAGUACUCUUCCAUCAGCUAUGAAGGAGAGAUAUCAAGAUUGUGAUAAACCACCUCGUCUUCAGGAUAUGAACCCCUACAGAGAUGACAAGAAAGAUGCCCUCAAAUUUUACACAGAUCCUACGUACUUCUUUGAGCUUUGGUGUGAAGAGAUGAGAAAAGAAACAGAGAAGAAGAAAAAGAAGAGGGUGAGUGAUAUGGAAAUGUAAUACUAAUAGUCAGUGCUUGACCUUAACUCUCACUGAAUAGACAACUUUAAUCAGUGGACUUGUAAGGUUUUUAAAUUGACCACCAUAUUUCCUCAAUUAAUUGCCGAAGGGUGAUUUGUUUUUUUUUGUGCAUUAAAAAGGGGUGAUUAUUCGAGAGAGUUCAUGAUUUCAACUAUUGCUUACUGAAAGUUGAUUUUGUUUUAUUGUUGCAUUACUUAUUUCUCACGAACAGAGUUUAUAAUCCUGUCACGCAUGCACCGCACUUGUUGUUAGCCAGCUGCAAACUUGGAUGCCCCAUAUUUCUAUUUUUCUGUUUAUGAAUCUAUAAUUAUAUUGCUUGGUCUCUGCCCUGACGUCAUCUAGCGUGUGGUGUCCCAGAGCAUUUUGUGUUUCCAGGCGAACACCCAAGAGUGCCUUGUUGCUUUUUGCAAUGGAUUUCGAAGGCAAAAAUACUUUUAAGAGCAAACAGAAGCGAUUUGGAUCAUAAGCCUUAAGAUAUGAGCGAAAAUGGAGGUAACAAAACACAUGUUUAGCUCGCAGACAAGUUUAUACCAUAUCGGCUUAGUUGGGCAUCUGUUCUUUAAAUGUGAUGACAUGCGUUUAAGUUGAGUUUGUUACCGUCAAAACAGCAGUCAUUCUCCUCAAAAAUGUCUUUGAAUUUGUGUUGAAUUUGGCUCGGUCAACUUUACACAAGGCACCGUGGCAAAAUUCUAGGGGAAAGGCUCUAAAUAAAACAUUAUCAUGUCCUUCAUAGUAUGUUUCCAUGUGGCGUGGUGGUAACAAAACAGCUUGGUACAUACAAGGUCCUGAGUUUGAUUCCAGGCAUAAGCUGUGUUUCUUUUUCUUUUCUUCCUUUUCGUUUAGUUUUUUCUUUGUCAUUGUAGUUUUGUUUUGUUUCUGUACAUAGCUUAAGUUUCUUAUUUAUAAAUUUUCUUCCCUUUUGCCUUAUUACCUUUUCUUCCCACUUCUUGCCGUUCCCCCGAAGUGUAGCCUGCGAACCACAGACGUUUCUCCUCGCUCAUUGCCGCUGAGGGACGUUUCGCGAGGAGGAACGUCUGCAACUCAGCGACAGAAAUUCCAUACUGAUGACGUAAAUCAGUGUUUACAUAAAUAAAUCCGGUAGUCAUGGGGUUCCAAUGCAAAUUUGUCCAAUUUUACAUUUCUCCUGGUUGAUUUUGGUGAAGUGUUGUGUUCAUCUGCGAAUGAGCUGGAGCAAAACUCAAAUGCUACUUUUAGAGAAGACUAUAUUACACAAAUAUUGACUGUUUUGUUAGAGGUUCAUCGCGUUUACAUUUGAUCUUUGCGGCCUUUUGUCUUUUGUCUGUCAUUUGUAAACAAUAGCUAAAACAAUGAAUCUACUCUGUCAAACAAUUAGUGCUUCUGACUGGAUUCCGGACAGAUUUUACGUCAUCAGUAUGGAAUUUCUGUUGCUGAGUCGCAGACGUUCCUCCUCGCGAAACGUUCCUCAGCGGCGAUGAGCGAGGAGAAACGUCUGCCGUUCGCAGGCUACCCAAAGUGCUACGCAAGGUCCUGCAAUUCACGUAUUUCCAGUUAAAAAAAUUUAAUAAUCACAUCAAUAUGUCAAUAUCCUCACCGUCAGAGCUUGAAUAGUCAGUGAGCAGUUUUGUAACGCUUUCAGUUGCAAACAAUCAGCAAUUAAUUGAAAGCCUGUUUUUUAUCCAAGGUGUCAAUUUAUUUUAACUUGACAAGGAGGGGGUAAAAAAAAAAGAUAACAAGAGGACUGGGAGGUGAUUAUCAAAGGAGGUAAGGGGGGAUUAUUUGAGGGAGGCAAUUAAUCAAGGGACGGCUAUUAUUUGAGGAAAUACGGUACUCUUAUUAUAUCAAUAAAAUUUUUAAUUACAUUUGAGCCAAGCUCUGAUUGUACCAAAGAGGACUCUUACCUCUUAAUUGGUGUUCAGUCAGAUUGUCAUGUGGGCCCAGAAAGCUGCACCAAGUCCAAGAUGGAAUGCUUGCUGUGAACUACUGGCCUUGGUGACUUCUGCCAUAAUUUUAGCCAGAAAAAUAUUUUUCUUCUUACUCAAGAGAUUUGUAGCUUUACAUGUAUUUGACACACUUAGUGAGUGUUAUUCAUGGAUCUACCGAUUUAUGACAUCUUUUUGUGACCAUUUCUCUUGUCUCUAUUGAUUACAUAGAGAGCUGGCCGGAUGAGAGCGCAAACAGGUGAAAAGAAAGUAGUCAAGGCAGUUAAGAAAAAAGUCUAUUGUGCUCAAGGGGAAGAGUUUAAAACCCCAGUCAUCAGCAGUUCUCCAACAACACCUACUUCACCCACUGCCGUGACAGAGAAUGUUGAAAUCAGUGAUGUUGAAUAUGCUAAACAACCUAAUGGGGGUAUUCCAGAUGGUGUGCCCCCUAAUCAUCUUAUACAACCUGAUGCCGAAAGAGGGAAAUCAGGUUCUCCUGCCCAGAGGAGGCAAUCUAGAAAGUACACCGGUAGCAAUAUACAUCGGCCAAAUGUGGCACCUCCUCCCCCUCCAGUCCCUGGAAUAGGGAAGAAUAUUCCUCGCAGUGAUUCUGUUUCAUCUCAUGGUGUUCCUGUGUUACCUGUACUGCCAAGUGCUGCAGUACCUGCACCACCGCCUCCUCCACCCCCUCCACCAUUGCCUGGUCAGGGGGGGAUGCAGGGUUUCAAGAAUUCCACAUCACAGUCUUCUGAUGGAUCCCAACCUGUGGUCUCACCAUCAUCGACUUCUUUAACAAACUCAACCUCAGAGUCAAGCAUCAGUGUUCAAAGUGGUGAAACACCCCUACCACCUAAGGAACAGGUCGACGCAAGAAGUGACUUGUUGUCGGCAAUCAGGCGCGGCAUGGAGCUGCGAAAGGUGCAAGUGCAGGAGGCACGGAAGGAGCAGCACAGUGGCUCAAAUGGUUUUGCUCAGGAUGUAGCAUCAAUUUUGGCUCGACGGAUUGCUGUGGAGUACUCAUCUAGUGAGGAUGAAAGUGAGACAGGUUCAGAAUGGUCUGACGGGGAAGAUGAGUAACUCUUUGUACUCAAUUUUGAAUACCUCCAGUAAUUCAGUUUAAUCAUGGACAUCCUUAUAAACACUGAAUUGCUGCAGCAGUUUUAAACCGUACUGCUUCCAUGUGAAAAAAAUAAUACCUUGUUGCUAAAAAGAUUUCAUGACACGUUUUUGUAUCACUUUUUUACAGAGUCAUACAUGUGUUAACAAAUAAUGUACAGAAAAGUGUUCUACUUUUUCAACAAAUUGAUAUAGAUUUCAAAAUAUAAUGUAGAAAAUUAACCCUGAAAUUACCCUCCAAAAGACAGAAAUUCUCCUUAAUCUUGCUCCUUUUGAUUAUCCUGUCAAAUUAAAACUCCAUUUUGCUUCCACCUCUCAUGUCCUUAAAACAUUUAUGUAUAGAACCUGUUUUGUUUUUAUUACCCUCUGUUAGGUGAAAGUAUUAAGUGCUGUAAAGAAAUAGUUCAUUUUAACAGAAUCAAAAUUACUUUGAUCCCAGUAAAAUUAACUUUUUACCUGACAUAUUUAAUUUGAUUGCCCUUUUUGGACAAUGUAACCAUUGCAGAACUCUAUUGGUAUGGAAAUCAUAGUCAAAUCUUACAGAUCCAUCGCAAAAUCCUCCACCUUCCCAUGUGAUGAUUAGACUGCUGGAAAGACAUAUUUUGGCACUUGCCAUGAGGUGUGGAUGUUGAGGUUUCAAUUUAAACAGUAUUAUUGCAGUUGUUCUGAUUGAUUACACCAAUUUUGUAGAACAAGGUUACUUUAUGCAAGUCUCUGGACAGGUCUCUGUUCACUAUGUUGUUAGGUACUUAAAUAUUCGACAAAAUAUAUUUUUAUUGUUAGACUUGUUGUACAAUCAAACCUGUGUUAAGGGGUGAGAGUGGUCAUUGAAAAGUAACAUGAAGGAAUGUUAGCAACAGUGCUUAACAGAAGGUGACCAUUAAAACAGGCUCGCUUAACACUAGUUUGACUGUAUUGUAGUACUCUGUUAUUGUAAAGAUUAAUAAUUAUGGUUCUCAAAGUCAUUAAUAAUUCAUAAAGAAUAUACAAAGGAAAUUAAUGUUUAAGGAGUGUUUGAAAAUUAGAUGAAGAACUGCUCAUUUUUGCGUGCUCAAUUUUGCCUUCUAAAAUCAUUUUGUUUGAGAAGUAAUAUCAAGCAUUUAACACAGUGUUACAUCACUAGAUGUAACACCUCAAAGUUUGUCAAAAAUACUAUUCUGCGUGUUGUAUUUUCAACUCUCUUCUCAGUGUUUCAUCUGGUGAUGAGCAUUUGACACAGUGUUUCAUCACCAGAUGAAACACUGUGUCAAAUGCUCGAUAUUAUUUUUACUAGAAGUUCCCUUAAGCAGACGGACACCCUUGGGGAGCUAACAAAAAGUGUCAAUGAAAGGAAGUGGCUGCCUACAGAAAGAGUAAGAGCAGAGAGUUCAAACAGGCUUUUGUUAAGGCGGUCAUAAACAGAACUGUUGCUCCUUAAGGGUGCAGUCCAUUAAGAGAGCUUUAAUAAUUGACUGUACUGACACAAUGUUAAAGAUGAUGUUAAGUUGAAGUAAGUUUUAUGAAUGUACUUGCAGGUGAUCAUGUAAGGGAUUCUUAAAGACUUUGUGAUGGAACUUAAAAAUACACAUAUUUAAAAAUCUAUUUUAAUUGAAUUUUGUUUACUAGGUUGAGGAUUUUAAUGAAGAGGAUUGUGAGUUCAGACAUUUUUAAACUAAUUACUUGGUGACCAUGAUUCCACACAACAGUUACAGUUUUUGAAAGAUAUAGUUCAUUCUAUUUGUGCUUGCAUGCUCUAGUUUUGCUGUCCCUGCAGAUGAUAUUAAAUUAAUGUCCUUAAAAUACCAGCAGUUCUCUGUAAGAUGGACACUAUUAAGACUAUCAUCAAGUAUUCCGCUUGAAAGUGUCUUCCUCGUAGAAUGUAAAAAAGAAAGUAAUGACUGAAGAAUAGUAAUAGCAGGAAACUUUUAGGCUUCUUUUUAGGAGGUGUCCGUCUCGGUGUCCAUUUUAAAGAAAGAGUUGACAUCGAGUGAACAAGGGUUAAAUGUGUUCUUUUUCGCUUCCAAUAACCCUCCUUUUACUGUGCAAUUACAUUGUGGAACAGUCACAAACAUGUUAGAGACACUACACUGUACCUAUUAAUAUUAUUAUUAUCACCAUUAAUACUAUUAUUGUUGUUAUUAUUAUUAUUGUUAUUAUUAUUAUUAUUAACAGUUGGAUUGUAAUGAUAGUGGAAAGGGUGAAAAAUAAGUUCAAAGCUCAUAUAUGGUAGUUAUCAAUUUGUACCAUUCAAUGUGUAAUUAAUAUUGGCUGGAGAUGUUCAGACACUAUUUUUGUAAUGGACCUUAUGAGCUUGCUUGCUUUUGUAAAAAUAAACUUGAUGAACGUCUCCCCAAUAGCUAGGGCACUUGUGCCAAGUUAGAAACUCUGAGACUCAAAUAAAGUUAUUAUCAUUAAUGCUAUUGCUAUUAUUAUUAUAUUCAACAAAAAACCCAAAAUUGCAAGUUUGUUUGUCAGUACCUCAUCAUGGAGUGUUCUGUCCUUGGCUAGCUUAUUCACAAUAAAA